CAAAAAACAAGAAAGGCAGACGUUUUCGUAUAUUUUGGCGACCGCCUGUCUUUACCGAUCAACGACUCGCCUCCGAUCGUCGUUGUUUGAUAAUAUUUCUACCGUAAUCUCAGGUACUAUUGUCCAGUUGCCAUAUUCAACUCUUUGAUCUCUGGGUUUGAUGCAUUGAUUGUAUCAUUGUAGUAGUGCAACAUUGCCAUGCAUACUUGUGUUAACUGGUCUUUUAACAUAGACUGCGUAUGGAAAUGGAUGCGAUGUCAGCAUCUGGCAAUUUUGAUCUUUCUUCUGGUAGUCCAGAUAGGCCAUUAUGUGCAUCUAGGCAUCGUGGAUGCUAUCGUCCCUCUUUACUGGACAGAGCAGGUAGCUUCCGUGAAAACAUGGAGAACCCACUUUUAUCAAGUCUGCCGAACAUGUCUAGAAGCAGUUCAUCUGUAACACAAGGAGAUGUGUGCAACUUCUUUCAAUGUCUGCGUUUUGAUCCGAAGUCUAUGGUUGUAGAGCACAAGUUGAAUCCGUCACGAGAAUUUAAGCGGCUUGCAGGUGCUGCCAUUGGCAUUCCACUGGAAGAUUCUCUGCCUGCAUCUUCCAAAAGCAAACAAGUCUCUUCUCCAUCACUGGAUGAUCUCAGACGACUCAAAUCUGGUCUGCGGGAGAGUGGGACUAAAGCUAGGGAGCGCGUGAAAAUAUUCAAUGAUUGUUUAUCAGUAAUUAACAAGUGGUUCCCUACUGUUCCAUCGAGGAAGAGAUCACGUCUGGAUGCCCUGUCUAAUGACCAACCCAAUACACAUGUAUCAAUUGAUCGAUCCCUUUCUCUAUUGGGCGGUGGUAAAAUGGGAUACCAGAAUUAUGCUAGUGUGAGUGGUUUAGAACUGGAGCAGCAUGAAUCUGAAGAAAGGAGCAAGAUUGCCAUUCCAAGCAAACGCGCUCGAACUUCUAUGGUUGAUGCUAGGGCAGGUACCCCUGCGAGACUGCCGGGAACUAUGGAUAAGGGUAGCGAUGUAAUAAAGGUCUCUAAUAGUAGUGCAGUACAGGGUUUGGAUCGAACUUUAUCUGUUCCUCUUGAUGGUUGGGAGAAUUCAAGACUGAAGAAAAAGCGUACAGGCAUAAAGCCCAAUGCUGCCCCUAGUUCAGUGGCAACAAAACCAUUUGGUGGUGACAGGGAAGCUAAACAGGCAAUGCAGCCACAAGUUUCCAGCAAAGCCCGUUCAAGGUUGACUGAUGCCUAUGGUUUCAGAUCCGGGAUUGCUAACGGAGGUCCAGGGUCAGGAAAAGUGAAAGUUACCUCACAGACCAGCUCAGGCAUUCGUUUGUCUAUUUGUAAGACUGAUUCAGAUAACGAUUCCCUUCUCCAUGGGGGCAAAGAGCGUCCAAGUGGUAAAGAAAGAGUGAAUCUGAAAGCUGUAAACAACGCAAAUUCCCGGGAAGAUUUUAGUUCGGGAAGUCCUAUUUUGGGCUCAAAGCUGAAUGCAAAUGCUCGUGCACACAGAUCAGCUUCAGUCGGUGGUGCUUCCAAGUUGUCUCAAGUGGUUCAAAGAUCCGCAUCCCCUAAUGAUUGGGGGCUUUCCAGUUGUACAAACAAACUUCCAGGUGUCCUUGGAGCUAACAAUCGAAAACGUGCACCUUGUACACAGUCUUCAUCUCCCUCUGUUGUGAAUUGGGUUCAGAGGCCACAGAAGAUUUCACGAACUGCUAGAAGAACUCAUUUUUUACCCAUCUUUACUGGCAAUGAUGAUAAAUAUGCUGGGGAUCCGACACCAGAUAUGAUGGCAAAUGAAGGGCGCUUUUCUGCCGGUUCGCCUCUGAAAGUUAAAAUAAAAAGCAAUAAUUUCUCGCGCGCUGCAUUAUCUGAAAGUGAGGAAUCAGGUGCAACUGAAAUUAUGUCGAGAGACAAGAAUAAGGAUAAUGAGAUAUAUGAGGGAAGUGGUCAAGAUGUACAGGAAGUGUCAACCCUAUUGCUGCCACCAAGAAAAAGUAAGGCGGUUAGCAGAGAUGACUAUGGACAUGGUGUUAGGAAACAACGCAAAACUGGUCGGGGAGUUACUUCCUCCAGGGCCGUCUUGCAUUUAACGAGUGAAAAUACUGGGAGUGUGGGAAUAACCAAACAAAUUAGGAGUUCUGGACUUAUUCACAAGACUAAAAGAGCUUGUCGGCCCCCUACAAGAAAGCUCUCUGAUAGGAAGGCUUAUACACGGAAAAAGCAUAUUGCUACCAGUAUGGCAGCAGAUUUUCUUGCUGUUUCUGAUGAUGGACGUGAAGAGCUCUUGGCUGCCGCAAAUGCUGUUAUGAAAACUGCUCAGGCCCUUUCAGGCCCAUUUUGGAAGAAGAUGGAGUCUCUCUUCCGUUUCAUAUCUAAUGCAGACAUCUCUUAUUUGAAAGACCAAGUGAAUCCCGACUUUGUAGUCGAUGCAUCAACUUCAGCACUUCUUGACACAGAUAGGGAAAUGCCUAAUGGCUGUGGGUUUAAUGAAUAUGGGAGAGAGGAGUUUGACUCGAGAAUUAUUGAACUUAUUCCUGAGCAUUCAGCUCUGACACCGAGUGGGAUCUCCCUGUACCAGAGACUGGUUGCAGCAUUGAUUUCUGAAGAAGAAAAUGAAGAACUUUUAUGUGGUGGGAAAGAUGUCCUUGGAUAUGAUGUCUAUGGAUCUGGACUUGACGUGGAAAAUAACAUAGAAUCAGACAUAUUCCCCCGUCUCAUGUCAGAAGGUUAUGAUCUUUCUGGAUAUCCUACUUCUAGUGGUUACAGUGUAAAUAGUCACAGAAUAUCAUUUGAUGAGGUGGACCAUAGCGUGCGAGGUGACAACAUUGUGCCCAUUCAAGAUACGGGCUAUGAUCGUUUGCGCAAUGAUUUACUUGCAGACCAAUUGAUGCCUGGCGCAGAAUGCUCCAAGUAUCAGUAUCAUAACAUGUCAAUGCAUGAAAGACUUCUCAUGGAAGUGCACAGUAUAGGAAUCUACCCUGAUUUAGUGUCUGAUUUGGCACAGAGCAUUGACGAGGAAAAAAGUGGAGAUAACUGUAGAUUAAAUGAGGUCUACCUGGAACAGAAGUACCAGGAAAAGGUGUUAGUGAAGAAAGGCUUGGUUGGCAAACUUCUGGGUUCUGCUUCUGAGGCCAAAGCGCUCCAGGAAAAGGAGUUUGAAGGACUCGCUCUUGACAAACUUGUGUUAAUGACUUAUGAGCAUUACACGCGUUGCAGCCAUGGGACAAAAACUGCAAGUGGUAAAAUGGCAAAACAGGCUGGCUUAGCUUUGGUUAGGCGGGCAUUGGAACGAUGCCAGGAAUUUGAGGCCACAGGAAAGAGCUGCUUUGGUGAACCUUUGUAUUUGGAGAUGUUCCAUUCUGGAGUAUCCUGCCUCAUGGAUGGAACAGCUUUAACUUGCAUCAGAAAUGAAUCUGAUAAGAUUCACCUUGGCGGAUCUGGAUGCUCUCUGGAACUUAGAACUUCAGCUCCUGUGGGCACACAGCGGAGCCCUUCUUCAAACAAUCAGGAUGUAUAUUCUUCAGAAGUGGUCCUAUCAGCUAAUCUGGGUGCUGAACCACAUACUAGCAAAGAAGAUAGCUGGUCAAAUGGAGUGAAGAAAAGGGAAUUAUUACUUGAUGAUGUCAGUGGUACAAUCAGCACAUCUCUUGGUGGUUCUCUGUCUUGCAGUGCAAAAGGAAAAAGGAGCGAGAGGGACAGAGAACGAAAGAGAAACAGCGGAGUGGGGUUGUCCAGGAGUGGAAAUUUGAAAAUUGGCCGCCCUUCUUCAGCCACUGUUAAAGGCUACAGAAAGUCUAAGGCAAAACCUAAGCAGAAAACAGCUGAAUUACCUGCUUCCAUCAAUGGUCCUCUAGGAAAGAUGUCUGAUCAGUCAAAAGUAAUGUUGUCUUCGACACUUAGCAGAAGUGAGAUUGCCAAGGAUAAAAAUGACUAUAACCUGGAUGUGUUGGAGGAACCCAUAGAUUUAUCUGGCCUUCAACUCCCUGAAAUGGAUGAUUUAGGUGCUUCCAUUGAUCUUGAUGGUCAAGGGGAUGAUCUAGGAUCAUGGUUCAACAGCAUUGAUGAUGACGGAUUACAGGAUCAUGAUUAUAUGGGAGGCCUUGGAAUCCCAAAGGAUAACCUAGCAGACCUAAAUAUGAUGGUUUGAGACUGUUUAUGUAUAAUCCUGUCUCUUCUACAAUCACAUGGAAGAAAAAGUAAUUGUAGUCAUGAAUUGACCAGUAUGAGGUCAUUUUACUAUCCAAAAGAUAAUUAGGUUAUAUUCUUUAGGUUAGGUCUGCACAAGUUUAUUAUGAGUAAACUUUCCUCAUAGGUUUUGUCCCUGUUCAAGUUGACGAUCAUGGAUAGUGAAGAUGUUUUGGCUCACGAACAAGCUAGUCUCUUAGUAAAAGAUCUUUGAAAAUAGUUUUUUGGUUGUAGUAAUUACAGAUCAAGUAUGAUAUCCCUUGUACAUAAACUUUUUCUUUUCAAUAAAAACACAUUUUUGCUUAUCUUA